AUGAUCUCCUCCUUCCAGAUCUGGACCUCCGUCGGCAGUCUGGUCGGUACCAUCGUCGAUAACUUUACCGUCAAGCUCGGCGGUCGCGAAUCUUACCUCGUGCCCCUCGGCCUGAUCUACAUCGUCCCCGUGCUCAUGUCCCUCGGCCUGUGCUUCAUCCCGGAGUCCCCCCGCUGGCUCAUGCAGCACGGCAAGCGCGACAAGGCGUUCAAGGCUCUGCAGUGGCUUCGACCUUUCGGGGACGCCGAGGUCGAAAGGGAGAUCAACGACAUCCAGGAGGCGAUCUCGAGCGAGGAGGAGCUGGCGUCGGGCGCGAGCAUUGUCGACAUGUUCAAGAACCCCAUCGAUCGCCGCAGGACUUGGCUGGCGGUCGGCGGUCUCUCCACCCAGGGUGCUUCGGGUGCUAUGUACAUGAUCGCAUACGGAACCUACUUCUUCGAGAUGGCCCACAUCGGCAAGGCUUUCGAGAACGCGUGCAUCCUCAACGGUGUCGGUGUCGUCGCCAUUAUCGCCAACAGUAUGGCCGUCACCAAGGUCGGCCGACGCAGGGUCUUCCUUAUCACGGGCCUGCUCAUCUGCGGUCUGGCUCAGCUGAUCACGGCAGUGAUCUACAAUGUGAAUCCGGGUACUGUAGAGACUGGCAAGGGCAUCGUGGGUCUUUCGGUCGUAUACAUUCUGGCAUACAACGGCAUGGUGGCUACGUAUGCCUGGAUCUCUGGCGGUGAGCUGCCGUCGCAGCGCCUCCGAUCUUAUACCUUUGGUUUCGCUACCGCUGUUGGGUUCUUCCUGGCUUGGCUCGCGACCUUCACCGCCCCCUACUUCAUCAACCCCGAGUCGCUCAACUGGGGACCCAAGUACGGCUACAUCUGGGCCCCGAGUUGUGUUGUUGCUGCUGCCUGGGUCUACUUCUUCCUUCCGGAGGUCAAGGGUCGCACACUCGAGGAGAUCGAUGAGAUGUUCGAGGCAAAAUUGCCAGCAAAGAAGUUCCGCAAGUACGUCUGUGUUGGCAGAUACGCUGGGGCGCAUGCUCUGGACACCAACUCGGCGCAGGCUUUGGAUAAGCAGGCCGAGGAGGUCACUCACAAGGAGCACUCAAACGCCGUGUGA